AUGAAUUCGCGAAUACUACUAGUAGCAGUAGUAGUGGUGGUAGUAGCAAUGACCUCUUUGGCGCCAGUAACUUCGAAGCAAAGUACAGAUUGUGAAAGAUCAUGUGGUGAUAUUGAUAUUCCAUACCCGUUUGGUUUAGAAGACGGAUGCUACCACAGUAGAGAUUUUCUUGUGACUUGUGAUCGAUCAUCUGGCACUCCCGUACUUUUCCUUAGAGAUAGCAAUAUUACUCUAAAUAAUAUGUAUCCUGCUGACAGUGAAAUAAGGGUUAUGGGUAAUGUUGCCCAUGUUUGCUACGACAGCCCUGAUAAUGAAACACUCAGCAACGCAUGGCUGAAUUUAAAUAACUUCUGGAUCUCAGAUACUAACAGCUUUGUUGCCAUUGGGUGUCAGACAGACGCAUAUGUUAUAGGAAGAAAAGAUACAAACCAGAUCAUUACUGGAUGCGUUUCUACAUGUAAUGAUAGCAACAUCAGUGAUAUCACAAAUGGAUCUUGCUCUGGUACUGGCUGUUGUGAAUUUACAAUUCCAGAAGGGUUGGGCUAUUCACAAGUGAGACUGACUAGCAACAAUACAAUGACAUUGAAUCCUUGUAGCCAUGCUUUUGUCGUUGAAGAAGGGGGGUACAACUUUUCUUCCACUGAUCUUCUUGAUUUUGGAAGUGAGAAGAUGCCGAUGAAACUUGUCUGGGCAAUAAUAGAUGGAGACAAGACUUGUCACACGAGUAACGCAUCGGAUGAUUUCUUAUGUAAAGGAAAUAGUGAGUGCGACCAAGAAUAUGUUGGUCCUGGAUAUCGUUGUUAUUGCAUGGAGGGUUAUGAUGGCAACCCAUAUAUCAAAGAUAACUGCACAAAUAUUGAUGAAUGUAAAGACGGAACUCAUGAUUGCGAAGAUUGGGAUAUAUGCACUGAUACUGUAGGAAGCUAUAUUUGCACUACAAAAGGAUGGGCUGGAUACACUAAAAACUCAACAUAUUAUUGUGUUAUAUUAAAGUCAAUGCUUCUUCUUGCAGGUAUCUCAGUUGUUGGUUUAUUUUUGCUUUUACUCUUUACCUGGAUAUACUUGGGACUUAAAAGGCGUAAGAAUUUGAUUCUAAGAGAAAAGUUUUUUAAGCAAAAUGGCGGAAUAAUGUUGCAGCAAAGAAUUUCCGGUGAUGGGAGUUCUCAAAUUCAAGCUAUACUCUUUACGGUAGAAGAGCUUGAAAAGGCAACCAACAACUAUGAUCAGAGCAGGAUCAUUGGAAAGGGUGGUUUUGGAACGGUAUUUAAAGGAGUUCUACCUGAUGACAGAAUAGUUGCCAUAAAAAUGUCCAAGAUAGUAGAUCAAACUCAAACCCAAGUCGAUCAGUUUAUUAAUGAAGUUGUUAUCCUUUCUCAAAUAAAUCACAGAAAUGUGGUGAAGCUUAUUGGUUGCUGCCUGGAAACAGAGAUUCCUUCAUUAGUUUAUGAAUUUAUUCCAAAUGGCACUCUCUUUGAUCACAUCCACAAUGAAUGCAAGUCGAAGGCUAUUACUUGGGAUAUCCGGCUGAGAAUAGUAACAGAAACGGCUGGAGCACUUUCAUAUUUACACUCUGCAGCUUCUGUUCCAAUCAUUCAUCGAGAUGUGAAGCCCAUGAAUAUACUUAUUGAUAGUAGCUAUGUAGCAAAAGUAGCUGAUUUUGGAGCUUCAAAGCUAAUCCCUAUGGAUCAGAAUGAAUUGGCAACACUGGUGCAAGGAACACUUGGCUACUUGGAUCCUGAAUACUUGCAGACAAAUCAGCUAACUGAAAAGAGCGAUGUUUAUAGUUUUGGGGUAGUACUAGUAGAACUUUUGACCGGAAAGAAGAUUAUUAACUUCGAAAGGCCAGAGAAAGAAAGGAAUUUAACCAAACAUUUUAUAGCUUCUAUAGACAAUGAGACUCUAUUAGAGGUUCUUGAUGAAAACUUGCAACUAAAGGAAGUUCCUCAUGAUAUCAUCCUAGUUUCAAGGCUUGCCCAAAGAUGCUUGCACCUUAAAGGAGACGAAAGGCCUACCAUGAAGGAAGUGGCAUUAGAGCUAGAAGGAAUAUCGGCAUCAAUGAUUGACAAGCAUCCAUGGGUGAAAAGCACUUCAAGUGAAGAAGCAACUGAAUAUUUGCUUAACGGACCAAGUGAAAACUAUGAAGACACUGAUGACACCGAUUCAAGCACAUCAACUUUUUAUAGCAUGAUCUGCAAGCCUAAGAUAACACCAAUGGCUAGUGGUGGGUAUAGGUAG